AUGGCGAUUUCUCUAGCUUCCUUGGCCAUAACCUUAAAUGUUUGCGCCGGCAGCUGCUUUCGCUACUCGCUCACCGAGCCUCCAUGCACCGCCAGUGGCUACCUCCGUGGUAAGUCCCACAGCUGCAACACCGAUAACUACUCAGAAUGCUGCAAAGAUGGCGAGAUGUACCCCCAGUACCAGUGCUCGCCGCCGGUGACCAGCUCUACGCCGGCCCAGAUGAUGAUCGUCAGUUUCGCAAUCAACGGCGACGGCGGAGGCCCAGGGGCGUGCGACGGUCAGUACCAUAACGACACCGAGAUGGCCGUUGCCUUGUCCACCGGAUGGUUCGACGGCGGCAGCCGGUGCAACAGGAGCAUUCGAAUCAGCGCCAACGGGCGGUCCUUGCUGGCGAAGGUCGUCGACGAGUGCAGCUCCGUCGAAGGCUGCGAAGCCGAGCAGAACUACACACCACCGUGUCCCAACAACGUUGUCAAUGCAUCUCCGGCGGUGUGGGACGCGUUGGGCAUACCGGAGCUGCAGAGAGGGGAUUACAAUAUUACUUGGUCAGAUGCAUGAAGAGAAGAGCAUGCAGCUACGAAAUGCUCGACGAAUACACGGAAGAAACUUGUGUGCAAUUCCAUUUUUAUCUUUUAUUUGACUUGCUUUCUAACUUAAGGAUCGUAAAUUUUCAUAUCAUAUUUAUGUUAUAUCGACUCUAUCAAAUCGAGUUUGAUCAACUUUGAUCACAAAUCAAGA